CGCUGAAGUGCAUGGUAUAACUUUACUCGUAUGAAAAUUCAGUCAAUGAUUGAAACGUAUCAUCGUCUACAAAUCUCCAUAUAAUCUAAAAAAUGUUUUAGUGCGGUGUAGGUUUUAAAAAAUUUCUCAGUCGUUAUCAGGGAGUUUCUUUUUGCGCAUUGCCUUUGUUAGUGAAGCAAGAAACCCUCUUAUCAUGACUGGUAGCUCUUGAUCUAUUCAGUGUUGAGAAAAGCCAAUCAACAAGAAACAGAAGCAAAUAGAUAAUUUUUAAUUUUUAAAGACCUAAAGCAACCUUUAAAAUGAAAAGUUCUAUGGCUUCAAUAGGAUCAAAAUUAAAUCAAACUCCAAGAUGUUAUUCUAUGUCAAAUCCUUCAACAAAGGUAGCUGCAAUGGAGGGUAAUUCAAAACAAAAGUCAUUUUCUGUAAUCCCACAGAGCCCUAAAAUAGAAAGAAUGGAGAAAAAAGAAAAAUAUGGAAAUUUGGAGAACAUAUCAAGAGAUCCAAUUGUUCGAUCAGGAGGGCAACAAUCAAGAAAGUCGGGAGCUCUUCCACCUAGUAGGCAAGAAAGGUAUUCUACAGGAAGUCCAAAACUAAGCACACCCCUUAGAUCUACUUUAAGAAGCUCAGAAGUUUCAAAUUUGACUAUUGUGAGAACACCAGAAGUUUUUUCUACUGUCCGGUUUGAGACACCAAAAAGAAACACCCUCCAUGAGGUACCUGGCUCUGGAGUUGAGACCAGUAAUCUAGUAGUUGCUGUAAGGGUUCGUCCUCAAACAGAAAAGGAAAAAACUGACAAAGAAAUGAAGCCCAUUGUUAAUGUGAAGGAAAAUGAAGUGAUUGUACUGACAGAUUAUGGACAAACCCACUCAUUUAAUUAUGAUUACUGCUUCUUGUCAAAUAUAGUGCUCCAUGAUCAUAUAGAACAUGAUCAAAGCAAAAUUUAUGACAGUUUGGCUAAGCCAUUACUCUCACAGGCUUUCAAAGGAUUCAACACCUCUUUAUUUGCUUAUGGACAGACAGGUUCCGGAAAGAGUUACAGUGUAAUGGGUAAUAUUGGAUGUGAAAACGAAUUGCAUUUCGAAAGUGGAAUUGUGCCUCGUUUUUGCCAUGACCUUUUUCGUGAAGUGGAAUUACUUAUAAAAGAUCCCGUUGACAAUUUUUCCAUUGAGAUUCAGAUAAGCUAUUUUGAAAUCUACAAAGAAAAAAUUCAAGAUCUAUUGUGUCCCUCGAGCAAAUUGGGAGGAAGUCUGCGCGUUCGUGAACACCCGCAAAACGGUCCAUAUGUAGUUGAUCUUUCGAAACACGCAGUUACUUCGUUUGAAGAAGUGCAACGUUGGCUUGUAGUUGGAAACCGACAAAGGGCCACUGCAUCGACCUCUGCGAAUGAGCAUAGUUCACGUUCUCAUGCCAUCUUUACCAUAAUUUUAGCCCAAAGCCAUGACGAAUUGUUAGAUGGAAAAUCGCAUGAGGUGCGGAAGCAAAGCCGCAUAAACUUCAUUGAUUUAGCCGGAAGUGAAAGAGUCGCUUCCUGCCACGCAGUAGGUGAUCGCCGAGAAGAAGGUUUAACUAUUAACCAAUCAUUACUAACACUGGGCAGAGUCAUUACUGCGUUAGCUGAGCAAAAAUUCGUACCGUAUAGGGAGUCAGUUUUGACUUGGCUUUUGAAAGAGAGCUUGGGUGGCGACUCAAAAACAGUUAUGCUCGCUACAGUUAGUCCAUGCACGUCCCACGUGGAAGAAACUUUAUCGACCUUGCGCUACGCAUGCCAGGCCAGGAAAAUCGUUAAUACUGCAAGAAUAGGCGAGGACCCGAAUUCUGUACAUAUUCGAAAUCUACGGCACCAAAUUAAGCUAAUGGAAAACCGUUUGAAUGAAGCCAAUGCGCGUUCUGACAUGGCAGUAGCUGAUGGAAACAUUGAUGAAUCGUCCUCGCGUGUGCAACAACUAGAAUCAGAAAUUCGCUGCCUGAAGAGUCGCUUGACUGAAGUUGAAAAUCAGAAAGAUGUUUCUUGGCAAGAGAAAGUAACCCAGGCAGAAUUAAGACGAAGAGAAGCUGAAGAGGCCCUAGCAAAGUGUGGUGUUUCUACUGUCCAGGAUCCUAAACAACCUUGUCUAGUCAACGUAAAUCAGGAUCCGCUGUUAUCUGGAACUCUGUUUUUCCCCUUGAAGCUGGGUCAAAAUUGGGUGGGCCCAUCGGUUUCUUCUGCGAAUUCCCCUACAAUACAGUUGACUGGUUUAAUGAUUGAAGAGAGCCAUUGCUGUAUUGAGCGUUCAGGAGAUCACCUUACACUGGUUGCUAAUGGCGAAACCUAUGUAAAUGGACAACUUGUAUCCUCACCUGGAUUACAGCUCCAUCAUGGAGAUAGAAUUAUCAUUGGAGGAACGCAUUAUUUUCAUUUAUACCACCCAUCUGAUUCCCAAUUUCACGGAAACCAAAGUGCUAGCAAUAAGUUUCCCGAUUUCGAAACUGCGCAUGAAGAGCUAAGAUUAUGUCAAGAACAUCGUUUGCAAUUAGCUAUUAAGGAUGCACAGGAAAAGGCAAAAGUUCAACUGAUGGCCGAAAUGGAAGAAGUUCGUCAAGAAGCGGCUCUUGAAAUUUCUUUGCAACGACAUAGCUAUGAAGAUGAAAUCGCCUCGCUCAAUCGAGUAUUGGAAGAACGGCAAGUCAUCGGUAUCACUUCGCCCCCCUCCUGUUCUCCAUCUAUAACAAAAUCUACAAAUUUGGAAGAAAUCGAAUCGUUGCUUCAAGAUACGCAACGAAAGCUGGCGCUGCCAACGGAAAACUCGGAAGAAUCGUCAUUUGUUAUUCAAUCCAUGUUAAAUGAGAUCAAUGCCAUUUGCCGGCGAUUCCAACAGCCGUAUGCGUUUACACGCAGAGAUGCACUUACCGAUGAUCUGCAGCCCAUGAUUUGCGUUCAAGAUUUGGAUCGCCAGCUGGUGAUGUACUGGAGCAUUGAUACAAUGCGAAAACGAAUGGAAGUGUUGCGACAAGCUAUUGAUGAAUCAGGAAAAUUCCCCACUGCCACAGUUUUUGAGAGAGGUGAUGUGUGGCAGUUGGAAGAUGGCUCUUCUGCGCUUUUCGUUCCUGCCUUGAAAGAAAAGCUUGAUAAAUUGCUGAAAUGCCAUGACAGCAGUAUGAGUGUUUUGGAUGAUAGCAGAUUUAGCAUUGACUCUUCCAGACGAUCCAGCUUACGUCUUUCGAGAUCACCCACCAUCAACACUGGAGUCGCUGAAACAUGCAAAGAGUUAAUUCGCACAUUUCACAACGGAGAUUUAAAUUCGACGUUUUGUUCCGCGGCUUCAUCUCUUAAAAGCGCAUUGGACCAUCCCGAUCGCACCUACAGCUUCGCAAUUCCAUUAACGGUUCACGCCCUUUCCCUCUUGUCUGUGUACCCAGGAUUAGUCAGUUUUUUUGUUAACAAAAGAGAUGUGCUGCAAAAUGUCCGAAAUAAUUGGUUACACACCACGAAAGAACUCGGCCAAAGACUUCAAAAUUCGCUAGAAUUCGUCAUGCAGGGUAUUACAUUAGAUUCGGCUGGCCUUUUUAAGGAAUGGGUUCGUCAUACGCAGAACACGUUGAAUUCCAUUUUUGCUAGUUACUACGAACUUUCUGUGGUGUUUUGCGAUGAAGUUCCCAAUUUGGAAGUUAUAACGGCAUCCACAGCAAUUGCAGGCUUUGUUACAGCUCAAACCAAAGUACACGAAUCAAUCGUCGAUCUAGCUGAUAAUGUCCGGAUGAAAAUUGCACAGCUUCCAGAUGAAAAUUCGUUGGAUUCUCUGGAUAAUUCCAGUUUCACUACUAGAGAAUCUUGGCUAGUGAAAGCUUCCCAUGACGUCGUAACACAAGUUCAAAUCCUUCUUGAACAAUUCACUGAAACCAUUGGUAGUCAAAGUUGGAAUGAAAAGGAAAUGGCUGUUGUCUAUUCAAAAUUUCAUCAGCGUAUUGACAUUUUGCUGCGUAUGGGAACCACCAUAGAAAAUUUGCUUUCCUAUCUGGAACUUGCUGAUCUGUCCCAAAUUAAAAUGUGCGCUGCAGCGUUGGAAGUCCAGGCCACUGCGUACACAAACCAAAUGGGUGUCACUUCUGAUGUAACAUCAGUCUUAUGCGACGUUUCAUUUGCUGUCAACUCUGUACACAAAAUCGUCGCAGAAAGAAGAAGAAUGACGGUAUUGAGACGAGGGCGGGACAUCAGCUAUAGUCCACUUCCUGCACGACUACUUGCUUCUUCACCCCGCAAGUCUUCACACUUCGAUGAUGUCAUGGAAUCUGAAACCAGCGGCUCAGCAUCUGAAACAGGUCAGAGUGAUGAGGAAUCUUUGGAAAAUGUAUCGAUUUCACCGUCUGCCAUAAAGAAAGCAUUAUUGUUCAGUGUUCCUUUGAAGUCGAGCUUAAAAUCGAAUGGAAACGUAGAGCAAGCCAUAACCAUCAAAUCGGUUCGUUUCAAUGUAUCAGAUUUCUCGCCAUCGCACGAUUCUUAACUUUACUGCCUUUCAUUUAGUGUGUUAGGAAACUAAGAUUCGUACGAUCAUUUUUUCUAAUGUUUCUGAGAUUAUUCAACGUGCAUGCCAGAUUCCGCUUUAAGUCUUCUAAGGUUAUAUCUAUUAUAUGCUUCAUUUUUCGUUAGUUUAGCACACCAUUUAUUCUUUCGCCGGAAAAUAAAAUAAGAGUUUAAUUUGAAAAAAUCAGAUGUUAUAAUAAAUCAUUUUGCUGAG